AUGGCCACCACCCAGCCUAACCGGCUCGUCGAGUUUCUUACGAACCUAGAUAACGGCUACGAGAUCUUUGAGUCUAUAACCCGUCAGCUAUCGCCAAUGGAUCUGGUUAAUCUUCGCCAGACCUCGCGUGACCUCCAAACAGCAUGCGAGACAGUUGUGGCAACGCAGUGGAGUAUCAACAAGGCCCUGCGGAAGUUCGUCAAAGACCCGACGGCGUUUCGGAAUACGAUGAGCCUAGAACACAGCGUCAUCUCUGGAGACUUUGCCUUGAGGUUCUUUGAUCGGGCUGCCCCUGGCAACGUCCUCGAUCUAUGGACGAAUACGGAAGUCCGAGGCUCGCGGAUGGAGAAGUGCCUACUAGAAGAGGGAUACAAAGCAGAUAACGACCAGCUGGUUCUGGGAAAGACCGGAGAAUGGGAGGUCUACGAUAUCAUAUUUACUCGACCAAGCCAUAGAGGCGACGGACCUAAAAUCCAUUUCCACAUGUGCCGCGCUCUUCCAACUCUGCAUAUCCUCCGCGGAUACCAGGAAUGUACUGCCUUGGCUAAUAUCAUCACUUCAACAAAGGCUUAUGCCCCGUUCGCAAAUCUCACAUUCACAAAGCAUCGUUCUUACGUGCUCUACCCAGACAGGGAGUACCCACGGAUCGGUAUUAAGCAGUUCUCGCCUAGCUUUCUCGCGAUAGUCAACAAGUCCGGCCGGCCGAACGUGGAUGUAACCCUAGUCGACGAGCGGCGGCUCACCACAGCUAGCGGUAACCGCGCACCCGAGAUGCGCUCCCUCAGCGACAGCCAGACAUGGACCAUUCCUCUUGACCCAGAAGGGAUCACGCCCGAUUUCGUUACGGAUGCGAGCGAGUUCAGUAUCAGCACGGCGCAAAUCUGCUGCCUUUACAGGUCCGACGUUGUUGAGGCCAAGGACCGGUGGGUGCCCCGGACGCGCAAUCCGUGGGUCUUUCUCGCUGGCCCGAAGCACGACUUCAUCGCCCGGUAG